CAGCAGACUCACGUGAAAUCUCGUGGAGGUGUGUUGUAUCUCGCGCGAAGUGGCUGUCGAGCUAUGGCGGCGGUGUUGACGGUAGGAGUACAGAGUGGUCAAUAAGCGGAAGCUGUGUUUGGGUAACAGAAGGAUACGAGGCAAAAAAUAGUGAACUGGCAGUAUGAGUCAGGGAGCCACUGAAGGAAACGGAGAGCCCGAGGCUAAGGCUUUACACACCAAGCGGCUGUACAGAGCUGUGGUGGAGACUGUACACAAGCUUGAUGUGAUAAUCAGUAACAAGACAUAUCGGGAGGUGUUCAGACCUGAAAACAUCAGUUUGCGAAACAAGCUGAGAGAACUUUGCGUGAAGUUGAUGUUUCUUCAUCCAGUAGAUUAUGGGAGAAAAGCAGAGGAACUAUUGUGGAGGAAAGUUUACUAUGAGGUUAUCCAACUCAUCAAGACGAAUAAGAAGCACAUUCACAGUCGCAGUGCCUUGGAAUGUGCCUACCGCACGCAUUUGAUAGCUGGUGUUGGCUUUUACCAGCACCUACUUCUUUAUAUUCAGUCACAUUACCAACUUGAGCUGCAAGGCUGCAUUGACUGGACCCAUGUUACAGAUCCAUUGAUAGGGCAUAAAAAGCCAAUGACUGCAUCAGGGAAGGAGUUGGAGUGGGCAGAGAUGGCAUGUCAUCGGUGCCUGGUCUAUCUUGGAGAUCUUGCUCGUUACCAGAAUGAAUUAGCUGGUGUUGACACUGAACAUUUAGCUGAGAGACUGUACCAUCAAGCAGUCUUGGUAGCCCCAAAUGUGGGUAUGCCCUACAAUCAACUGGGUACAUUAGCAGGAAGCAGGUAUUACAAUGUAGAGGCCACAUACUUCUACCUUCGUUGCAUCCAGUCAGAAGUACCGUUUGAGGGUGCAUAUGGGAACCUGAAGCGACUGUAUGAGAAGGCAGCUAAGAUGUAUCGGCAGCUCAGGAAAUCAGAAACGAGAAAACUCUCCCCCAGCAGAAAAAGGGCUAAAGACAUAAAGCGUUUGUUGGUAAGCUUCAUGUACCUACAGAGCCUUCUGCAGUCAAAAAGCAGCUCAAUGGAUUCAGAGCUGACAUCACUGUGCCAGUCUGAGUUAGAAGACUUCAACUUGUGCCUCUUCUACUUGCCAUCAGGUGCUACUUCCAGUCCUGCCAAUGAGGAGGAGGAAGAGUAUGAGAAUGGAUACACUUUCCUUCCUGAUGUUCUUGUUUUCAGGAUGGUGGCCAUUUGCCUGAUGAGUGUCCACAGCCUCAAGAGGACAGGUACAAAGCAAUACAGUACAGCCAUUGCAUUUACCUUGGCACUCUUUUCUCAUCUGGUGAACCAUGUGAAUAUCCGACUUCAGGCAGUUUUGGAGGAAGGAGAGAAUCCUGUCCCUUCAUUUCGGAAGGAUAACCAGGAUGAACUGGAAAUGAAAGAACCUUCCAUUGCUGUUGAGCCUGAGCCAGCCCUUGAGACUGAGAUAGAGACUCGAACAUUGCAAGUACAGAACAAACAGAACCAGAACAAAUCCAGCAAGAAGUUUUUACGCCUUUCUCACCUUCGACGAAGAAGGCGCCCUCAGAAAGCUGAUGAGAGUGAUCUCAGUGAGGGAUUUGACUCCGACUCUAGUGAAGAGCUGGCAAAGGACAGUGAGAACUCUGAAGGUGGCUCAGAAAAGAGUGAUGAGGAAGCAGAAACUGCUUUUGAUGUUGAAUCUGAAUCUGAAAUGAACAGUCAAGAGUCACGUUCUGACUUGGAAGAGAUUGAGGAUGACCAUAAUGAAUUAAAUAAGUUGCAUAUUUCAAAAUUAGCUGAUGAAUCCAUUCAGGAAUCAGGGAAAGUGGCAAACUGUAGACUAAAUGGGGUCUGCAAAGCAGAUAGUUCUGAAUGCAUUGUAAAUGGUCCUGGAACACUUGGAACAAAUGAGCCAAACAUGGCCAGUAAUCUGCAAGCCAUGUCCUCACAAAUGUUUCAGACAAAAAGAUGCUUUAGACUGGCGCCUACCUUCAGCAAUAUUCUUCAGAUGCCUAGCAGUGAUCCUUGUCCUUCGGAUCCAGUUGAAGUAAAACCUUUUGUCAAUGGAGAUGUGACAGAACCAAGUACAGCGGAGUAUGAUGCAGUCUCUGAAUCAGAAUGCAGUAUUGCUAGCAGCAGGUCCUCAAGAAAUGAAAAGAGCCUUCAGGAAAAGCUGGAUAUAUUGAGCAGUGAGGGACUGUUGCCCACAGUUAAGGUCUUCCUGGACUGGCUGAGAACAAACCCUGAUAUCAUCAUCAUGUGUGCACAGAGUUCACAGAGUUUGUGGAAUCGUCUUUCCGUACUACUCAACAUUUUGCCAUCAGGAACUGCUCUUCUGGAGGCAGGAAUUCCACUGUGCAGUGAGCUGAAGCAGCUAGUGAUGAGUUGUGAACAACCUGAUUUAGGAAGAAACCUAGUGCUUCUUGAAGAUAUCACUCUUCGCAACCUGCCUGCUUUGAAGAAUGCACAUCGAACUUUGCACUUUGAACAUACUAGACUAUAUUUAUCUGCACUAGAGGAGACAAUUGCUCGCAUUUGCUGCAUUCGCAGUUUUGGCCAUUUCCUAACCCAACUUCAGGGUAGUGUUCUACAGUUUAAUGCAGAACUUGGAAUAUUCAUUAGCAGUAACCAAGCAGAACAGGAAAAUGUAUUGCAGCAAGCGGAGGCACAGUUUCGCAUGGCAAGGGAAGAGGCACGUCGCAAUCGACUGAUGAGAGAUAUGGCACAGUUACGCCUGCAGCUGGAGGUUUCGCAAUUGGAAGGAAGCCUGCAACAGCCUAAGACACAGUCUGUAAUGUCUCCUUAUCUAGUACCAGACACCCAGGCCUUCUGUCAGCAUCUGCAGAUUGUACGGCAGCUCGCCAGCAGUGGGCGGUUUAUAAUAAUUAUCCCUCGUACAGUAAUUGAUGGCUUGGAUUUUUUGAAGAAAGAGAAUUCAGGAGCUCGAGAUGGAAUUCGAUAUCUGGAAGCAGAAUUCAGAAAGGGAAAUAGAUACAUCCGUUGCCAGAAAGAUGGUGGAAAAAGUUUUGAGAGGCAUAAGUUGAAGAGGCAGGACAUAGAUGCUUGGCAUUUAUAUAAAAUAUUUGACAGCUGCAAACAACUGACCUUGUCUCAGGGAGGUGGAGAAGAGGACACUACAGGAAUGGUUACAGUUCUCACAGGGCUUGUCAUACAAGAAAGAGAGACACUAUCAACUCAUGUACAGUCUGCCCUUCAGGCCAUCAACAGUGCCAACAUAGAAAUUAAGAACAUCCUGGAAUUCUACAAGCAGUGGAAGGAGAUGGGCUGAGAGUAGAAAAACAGGUGUAUGCGUAUCUCUCUCGCUCUGCAGUAACGUAUAGCGUCUGGCAGAAGUUUUUAAUCAAGUAACACUUGAAUCCACCAUGAAGAAAACAAAAAUAAUAAUCUACACAUCCUGAAGAAAGGACAUGUCAGUCCCAAGUGCAACCGUGUAGGGAAGAAAAAUGUGAAGACCCCCAAAAAGUCAUUUUUUUGUUCUUUAUCUCUUUUCCCUUGAACAAUGUUACAUGCAUUUUGGACUGAUUCAUUUGUUAUUGUCUGAUGGCAGAGUUUUGCACGGAAGUGAUUCUCUCUGGACAGGAUGUGGCAGCAAAUUCUGUGUGUAACAUCUAAGACAAGAUCAGAAGUUACAUUUACUCAAUUCUUUGCAUUGGGUUUUCCAUCACCACAGAGAUGUUUCACAGUUCCAGAGCUGACUGUCCAUCAGUCAUUCAGAUGAGUUCUCUGUUAAGCAUUGUAGGGAUGUUAUUAUCUGUUUGCUGUCUUUUUGUUUACGGGAGGUGGUAAAAGGCUCAUAAGAGCAUUGAUGACCCUGCAUAGGGCAUAUAAUGCAUCAGAAUGCCAGUACAGUCCUUUUUCCUCUCUACAGUGGGUUUUUGCAGAUUUUGUUACUGCAGUAAGUAUGCUGCAUGCCCCUUUUGCUUUUUGUACCACAGAGAUUACUAGAACUGGGAUAGUAGUGAUCAAGUUAUCUGUCCUCUGCUUCCCAUUCCAUGUAGUUCAUAAUCUCAGCUGAAGGAUCUCAGGGGCUUGCCUAAGAAAUAGAUCAGGGUUAAACUGCUUCCCCUAGCAUUCCUUGUCAUCCCAUAAGUAGGCUGGUGGCCCAUGAGUAAGCAGGAGGCAGAUAGGGCUCAUUGUUUUGUAAGUUGGGUAUUGAUAAUGCUUUGUUUCCCAAAUAUUUGAGUUACUGUUUACUGUACACCUGUGUUUGAAUUACCAUUGCAUGUCAGAAUGAGUUUUCUGAAGAAAAAAAAAACAGACUACUCUGACCCUCAAAAUCCAGUACAGAAAACCCCAUGAGGAAAGAGGAUGGGUUUAGUCUGUGAGGGACUGACAGUAGUGACAGAAAUCAGGUUGGAAAGGUUCACUGUGAUUUUCUUUGCAUGUUUAGGUCUGAAAUCUCUGUGACUGGUUCACAAAGCUGGCAUGAAUCAUCUUGGCAAUGUGAGCUUCUUCAGUAUUCUGCCAGUUAAACAACGUGAUGAAUACAGUAACAUCCUUGAAAUGGACUGUUAGAACCACCUACAUCUUCAGCACCAGUCUUGUGGUUGGAGUGUUUUGUGAAAGUUGGCAUUGCAGUGUCAAUCCCUCCGAAAAAUGGCUCUGUGAAUGACCUUGAGCAGUUCUCUUAACCUGCCUCUUGACUCCCAGCUUUACUCAAUGUUGAACGUAAGACUGCACUGGAAAGAAUAACUUAUGCCUCAUUUGCAUUGUCCUGAUAAAAUAAAGUAGUAAAUGUUA